CAUGCACAGGGCAGCUAGUCUAGAACCUCAGAUCUCACAAUUUUUGAAUUGUACUCGACAGUCAACAACCACCACCCAAUCCACCAGCCAUGGCAACGGCUAUACAAGGCUUCCGCCUUACAGCAAGGAACUGCGCUCGGGCAAGCUUUUCACAGCGCCAUGCGAUACGAACAAAUGCUCAGCUGAGGGGGUUUUCCACCACUCAAUGGAACCAGGCCCCAUCCGAUACAAAUGCCGCGAUGAAAAAGGCACAGGAGGCUUCUGGAGUCGACUUGAAGAAGCUGGAGGCGGAAUUGAAAGAGUCCAGAAAGGAUAUAGAAGAAUACCUCGAGGCCGAUGUCGAUUUUGGUCCCUCGCCUCCGGAUCUAGCGUUUAGAGGAAAGAAACUCAAAGAGACUUUUUUGAAUAUGGGAGAGCAGGAGCCAUUUGAGGAAGAUAUGUUUAUUGAGGAUGAUGAGGAUGAUAUCUCGUCGAUUGCUCAUGGGGAAUUGGAACAACACCGGGAAUUCAGACACUAUGCCAGAUUGGCGGCUUGGGAAAUGCCAAUGUUAUCAAGUGCGUAGCUAGUUGGACUUGAAAUUAUGUAGGUUUGGCUUGCUGACGUGUUAUUGUAGAAUUGUCGAAACCUUUCGAAGUUCCAGGAGCGGAUAUGCCAUUGCGGUUCAGAUAUACCACAUAUAUGGGCGAAAGUCAUCCAGCUGAGAAGAAAGUCGUUUUGGAGUUUUCGCCAUUAGAUAUGCCUGAUUUGACAGACUUACAAAGAGACAAAAUGAGAAAGCUGCUGGGGACCCGAUACAACCCAGAACUAGACACAGUACGAAUGAGCUGUGAAAUGUUCGAGACACAGGCUCAAAACAAGCGCUACUUGGGCGACUUGGUUGAUUCUCUGCUCGCGGAAGCAAGGGUAUGGUCUCUUCUUCAUUGAAUGUGUCUUCUCUAACGUAUACUAGGAUCCUACCGAUACAUUUGCAGAUGUUCCUUUAGAUACUCGACAUCAUCAUUUCAAGCCAAAACUCCGAUUCCCCAAAGAAUGGGAGAUGACUGAGGAAAGACGAAAUGCCCUGGAGGACCAUCGCCAAAAGCAAAUUUCGAAGGAUCAACAAUUAGAGCUUCAAGGGCAAUUGGUGGAUGGUGUUGAGCAGAUCAAAGAGGCAUUAUUAGCAAAGCCCGUUGAGACGGUUGUUCCUGAAAUGGUCACAGCAAGAAAAGGAAGCAGAGCGGGUGGAGGAAAGAGAUUGGCGGUUAGGAGGUAGCGACCUGCUGAGAAACGAUAUAAUGAUUGGUGUAAGAUAUUGUACAGACAGGGAGUUGAAGAUAGAAUAAGCAUUUAUGAUACCACGUUCAGCAC